AACAAGAAAUAAAAAUUCAUUGUCAUUUUACAACUUUUUAUGGAACAUUUUAAAAAUAUAAGAUAAUUCAAAUCAUUCGAAAGUUGAAAUUAAGUUCAUAGGAAGAUUUAUUCAAUAGCUACAUAUCAAUAUUUCUCAUGAUAUACCAUAUAUAUCAUGAAUAGUAACUCAUAUUUUACAAAGUAUUGGGAUCAUUGGGAAACACCAGGAGAUAAAAUGACUAUGGACGAAAAAUAUGUCGAGAGUAUAUGGGCCCUGUUGAAAAAUGCUAUUCAAGAAAUUCAAAAGAAGAAUAACUCUGGACUGAGUUUUGAAGAACUUUAUCGCAAUGCUUACACCAUGGUUCUACAUAAGCAUGGUGAAAGGUUAUAUACCGGAUUAAAAGAAGUUGUUACUAACCAUCUUGAACUCAAGGUCAGAGAAGACGUAUUGAAAUCAUUACAUAACAAUUUCCUAAUGACUUUAAACCAAGCCUGGAAUGAUCAUCAAACGUCCAUGGUUAUGAUUCGUGACAUUCUGAUGUAUAUGGAUAGAGUUUAUGUUCAACAAAACGAUGUUGAUAAUGUUUAUAAUCUUGGAUUGAUUAUAUUCAGAGACCAGGUUGUUCGACACGGAUGUAUAAGAGACCAUUUGAGAGAAACACUUCUUGAUAUGGUCAUGAGAGAACGAAGAGGAGAGAAAGUAGACCGUAUAUCCAUAAAGAAUGCCUGCCAAAUGUUAAUGGUUCUCGGUAUCAAUGCUAGAUCAGUCUAUGAGGAAGAUUUUGAAAGGCCCUUCUUGCAGCAGUCUGCAGAAUUUUAUAAGGUUGAAAGUCAGAGGUUUUUAGCUGAGAACAGCGCAUCUGUAUAUAUAAAAAAAGUUGAAGCUCGUAUAAAUGAAGAGUCCGACAGGGCCAAGCAUUAUUUGGAUGAGUCUACCGAAUCUCGAAUUGUAGAGGUUGUUGAAGAGGAGCUGAUCAAGAAACAUAUGAAAACAAUCGUGGAGAUGGAAAAUUCUGGGGUUGUACAUAUGCUGAAACAUCAAAAAACCGAAGAUCUCGCCUGUAUGUAUAAACUGUUUGGGCGGGUAAUAGACGGUUUAAAAACGAUGGCAGACUGCGUAAGCCUUUAUCUGAGAGAGCAAGGCAAGGCAUUGGUCCAAGAAGAAGAUCACCAAGUAGCGACCAAUGCAAUUACUUUUGUGCAAUCACUUUUAGACUUGAAAGACGGAUUCGAUCACUUCCUCAAGAAUUCGUUCAAUAACGACAAAAUAUUCAAACAGAUGAUUGCCUCCGAUUUCGAACACUUCCUCAAUCUCAAUCCAAAAUCUCCGGAGUAUCUGUCUUUGUUCGUUGACGACAAACUCAAGAAAGGCGUGAAAGGGAUGUCGGAACAAGACAUAGAAUUAGUUCUAGAUAAAUCAAUGGUACUAUUUAGGUUCCUUCAAGAAAAAGAUGUAUUCGAACGGUAUUAUAAACAGCAUUUGGCUAAACGGUUAUUACUCAACAAAUCUGUCAGUGAUGAUUGGGAGAAAAAUAUGAUCUCGAAGUUGAAGACGGAGUGUGGUUGUCAGUUCACCUCGAAGUUAGAAGGAAUGUUCAAAGACAUGACAGUGUCGAACACGAUAAUGGAAGAAUUCAAAGAGCACGUCUCGAAAUCAGAGACAAAUUUGGGUGGAGUGGAUUUAUUUAUGCGAGUCCUGACGACUGGUUUCUGGCCUACCCAAAGCGCGACUCCGAAAUGUCACAUACCAGCUGUACCGCUUGCUGCCUUCGAAUGUUUCAGAAGGUUUUAUUUGGCCAAACAUAGCGGGCGUCAAUUAACACUACAGCCGCAGCUAGGCAAUGCCGAUCUCAACGCAGUGUUUUAUGGUUCAAAGAAGGAUGACAGUGACAAAGAUGGAGCAUGCUCGUCUUCUACCAGCUUGGUAUCGUCCAGAACAGGACCAAGAAAGCAUAUAAUCCAGGUAUCUACCUAUCAAAUGGUAGUGCUGAUGCUAUUCAAUAACCACGAUAAACUCACCUACGAGGAAAUACUGAAUGAGUCUGACAUACCAGAACGCGAUCUCAUCAGAGCGCUGCAGUCCCUCGCCAUGGGAAAAGCGACUCAACGUAUUCUCAUCAAAAACCCCAAGACCAAGGAAAUCGAAUCCUCUCACGAGUUCUACGUCAACGAUUCCUUCACUUCAAAGUUGCAUCGAGUGAAAAUUCAAACGGUAGCUGCCAAAGGAGAAAGCGAGCCAGAACGUCGCGAAACCAGGAAUAAGGUCGAUGAAGACAGGAAGCACGAAAUAGAGGCCGCGAUUGUUAGAAUUAUGAAGUCGCGGAAACGGAUGGCACACAACAUCUUGGUUACUGAAGUGACUGAGCAGCUCAAGAGCAGAUUCCUGCCUUCGCCGGUUAUCAUCAAAAAGAGAAUAGAAGGUCUGAUCGAGAGGGAGUAUUUAGCUCGGACGCCCGAGGACAGAAAAAUGUACACUUACGUUGCAUGA